CGCGGUAGGGCGAGUUAGCUUCGCCGAUGCACGGGAUGUCGAAGUCGAUGCUCGGAACAGUGUAACGCGACCCGAUGCUCGCGGCUCCUGCACGAAAAUGUCAGAGCUUGUAAUCACAGCCGAGUCGCAUUGAGCCUCAACUGGUGACAGACUCCUUGACCGUGGUGGCCGAUCCAGUCAUGGCCUCAAGUCUGAGGACGCCGGUGCGACCGACGUGGUUGCCGUUGAAGGUCCGCUCGCCGGUCUUGCACUGAGCUCUGCCCGUGCGUUCGAUGGAGACAUGGUCGUCGGCGACACAUGCCGUGGCCCGGUUCGAGCCGUCCUGCCGGAACACUUCAGACUGCCACUCUCGUGAACGCAUGGAAGAAGCUAUACCCAGUUUGUCCAGACGUUGUAUCUGUCCCGGGAGGCAAGUGUGUUCUUGACGUAGUGGUCAAGAUUGGACCAGACAGGGACUGAAAAUGCGGUCGGAAAACAUAGCUCAGCCGGGGGGAUGUC